GUUCCCUUUCCCUUUUGGCAUCUCUUCACUUCUCGUGCCCGCAACCCAAGGAAAGCCAAAGCAAAGCAAACCCUAGAUCUCGUCUCGCCAUCCCGGAGCUGCGAUCCGAUCCGAUCCGACCCCGCGCAAGCGCUAGAGGGGGGAGCGUCAUGGAUUCGUCAUCGUCGUCGUCGUCAAGCCAGCCCGAGUUCGACUACCUCUUCAAGCUUCUGCUCAUCGGCGACUCGGGCGUCGGCAAGAGCAGCCUUCUCCUCCGCUUCACCGCAGACUCCUUCGAGGACCUCUCCCCCACCAUAGGUGUUGACUUCAAGGUAAAGAUGGUUAACAUUGCUGGCAAAAAACUCAAGCUCGCCAUCUGGGAUACAGCUGGACAGGAGAGAUUUAGGACCUUGACCAGCUCAUACUACAGAGGAGCACAGGGGAUCAUCAUGGUUUAUGACGUCACUCGACGAGAAACGUUUACCAAUCUUUCUGAUAUAUGGGCAAAGGAAAUUGACCUCUACUCAACCAACCAAGAUUGUAUAAAGAUGCUUGUUGGAAACAAAGUAGACAAGGAAAGCGAGAGAGCUGUCACAAAAAAGGAGGGAAUCGAAUUUGCCAGGGAAUACGGAUGUUUAUUUCUAGAAUGCAGCGCAAAAACAAAAGUAAAUGUAGAACAGUGCUUUGAGGAGCUUGUCCUAAAGAUAUUAGACACGCCAAGCCUCCUUGCCGAUGCUUCGUCAGGGGCCAAGAAAAAUAUCUUCAAGCAGAAGCCGCCGGAAGCUGACGCUGCUGCAAGCAGCUGCUGUUAACAUGUUUGUCACGCUAAUCCGGGCUCUCUCAUGGAUGAUUAUAUCUUUAUUGCAUAAAGUGAUAAGCUUGUUGUCAAUUUAUUUGCUUUUGGUCCUGUAUAUUGCCAUGUUGAAAUUUACCGCCUUUAUAUCAUGCGUACACAUAACAGCCUCAGCAGCUAUAUAAUGUUUUAAGGUAACGUUACUUGACAAUACGAAUGCCUGUUUCUCA